CUUGCUUUGUCGCCUUUCAUCGGAAACACAAACAGGACAGGGGAAGGGAAAAAGAAAAAGAAAAAGAAAAACAAACAAAAACAGAAAAAAAAAGAUCAUGAUCUAGGUCUGGUCCUAUCCCACCAAGGUCAUGAUCUUUUCAUCUUCAUGAAACAAUUUCUAAUUAAAAAAAAAUUACUCCUUUUUUCCCAAACUUCCUUAUUCCAAAACAGGGGUUGUGUUAGAAUUUUUAAAAAUUUUAAUUUUGGGGAAAAGAAACUAACAAGGGAAAAAGAAUGGCGACAAAACGUUCAUUCACCAGUUUCGUAGAACAAGAGCUGGGAAAGUUUCCACAUUUUGUAGUUUGUGCAGUUCUUGAAUGGGUUCUCAUAAUUUUGCUUUUUAUAGAUGGGAUUGUUGCAUUUUUGGCCAACGAAUUCGCCAAGUUCUUCGAAUUGCGAGUUCCUUGUUUGUUCUGCACAAGAAUCGACCAUGUUUUAGUUAACAAAAAUACAGAUUUCUAUUACAACAAUUCCAUUUGUGAAGGACACAAGAAGGAUAUUUCAUCUCUUGCAUAUUGUCACAACCACAAGAAACUCUCCGACAUUCGAAAGAUGUGUGAGGUUUGUCUUCUCUCUUUUGCAACACAAAAGGAAUCAGAUUGCAAUACCUAUAAAUCCCUCGUCGGGAUAUUGCACAAGGAUCUUGAAUGUUUUGUUGAGGAUGAUAAUCGUCAUGUGAGCUUGCCGCCAAUGGGGAAGAAAGAUGAUGUCCUGCAUAUGGAGAAAGGGAUUGGUGUUAAUUAUUCAUGUUGUUCGUGUUGUGGAGAGCCAUUGAAAGUUAAAUCUUCCAAUUCAAAAGGGAAAAAUGGGAGUACCUUUUCACAAGCUCCUGCUCCUUCGCCACGAGCUUCAUUUACGCCCUCUUUCAGAAACGACGACAAAACUGGCUUGGAAUUGCCGCACAUUCGUUACACCGAACUCAAAUUAUUGUCAGAUAGUGAAUCGGAUUAUGUGGAAGACGACGAUGGUUUACAUGGAAGAAAUCUUGAUGCUCAUCCAUUUAAGGAGGAUGUGAAGGCUGUUAAAGUGCCAUUGUUACCUGAACCUGAGGAUAUGCAUGAAAGUUCAAGGACUCCUGUUUUUGGUAAAGGGAAUAAAUUUUUUGGUAUUCCAUUAACAGAUUCUGCUAAUAAUAGUCCCAGGUGGGCUAUUAGAAUCUCUAGAAAAUCACCACUUGAAAGAACAGAGCUAGCUGCAGAGACUUACGAAGCAGAUAUGAUGGGGCCAGGAGACAAUGAUUCCAUUUUGAAUUGUUUGAAAAGACAAGUUCGGAUAGAUCGGAAAUCGCUCAUGGAGCUGUACAUGGAACUGGACGAAGAAAGAAGUGCAUCAGCUGUAGCAGCAAACAAUGCAAUGGCCAUGAUUACUCGAUUACAGGCUGAAAAGGCUGCCGUUCAAAUGGAAGCUUUACAGUACCAAAGAAUGAUGGAAGAACAGGCAGAGUAUGAUCAGGAAGCCUUACAAGCUACAAAUGAUUUGCUUGCUAAGAGAGAGGCUGAACUUGAUGUUUACAGAGAAAAAUAUGGAUAUCUUGGGGAAGAUUGUUUUAAGAUGUCUGAUGAUGAGAUAUCUGAUGAAGAUUACCAAGAAUUCAAGUCACAAUCUUGUUUAUCUUCGGAUGAAAAAUCUGAAUGUAGCACGCCUUUUAGUUUUAACGGGAGAGAGAACAACAGGGAAAAUUUUAACAAUUUUGACGUGAUGAGUAUACCGCCUGCGUUGAAGAUUGGAGUAAAUAGCAAAGAAGAAAGUACAAACAAUCAAGAGGUAGCUUUGCCAUUCUCCCUAGGGAAGGUUGAAGGAGGAGACCAAACCGAACCAGUGACAAACUUUAAAGGAGAAAAAACAUAUCUUUUAGGCCGCUUGAAAAAGGCAAAGAAGAACAACUUAUCCUCAGAUGGUGUAAUUUCUUCUCUACAUUCAAGCUCUGGCAGCGUCAAUCAAAUAGAUGAAGAUCCAGGAAAGGGAAGAACUUCUGCACUGACCCGAGAGCUCUCUCAUCUUAACGAGAUCGUGAGAGCACUUGAAGCAGAUGGCAAAUUCUCUAAGCAUGAAGGAAAAGUAAUUUUAGCUGAUAUUUCACACAAAUUAGGGAAACUUCAAACACUUCUCGAUGAGAACAGCGAUUCUUAACUUCCCAAAUUGUUUAAUUCUUUGUAGGAUGUACAUAGUGUUGUAUGACAUGCUGAAUACAUAUAUCAAGCUUCAUGACGCUCUGUGGCUGCUAACUUCUUCCAUAGUAGUACAGAGCUGAAGAAUAUUUGGCUAUCUCAGAUGGGUGUAGAAGACCUUUCUUUUUUCUCCUUUUUUUUUUUUCUUAAUUGUGUUUCUCCCAUGAUGACCCAUCAAAUUCAGAAGAGUGGAAAUGGUGUUCAAGAAAGUGGUUUUCGAUUUACACAUCAAAAAGCCAAAGAACAAUGGAAAGAAAAAGGCUAACAUUCCUUCUUUUUAAGGCCAUAGCUGGAUCAAUGAUAGAACCUCAAGGGAAACCAGAAAGGCAAGGUGUUUGGUUGGCUUUCAUAUUCCAUUUACAAUGAGACAAAUGUUAGUGUUGUAUGAUGCAAGAAUUUUUUUCUUCUUCUUUUAAAGUCAUAAUCCCCUCCCCGAAAUGUCUUUUCGAGUUUAUUAAAAGUGACAGCAAUGUUCAAGGAUUUUUUAUUGGUA